GUGCAGAGAGGAUGUGGCCCCGGCAUCCCUGGGCUGAGUAGUAAUUUUAGGUGAAUGUAGUGCCAUGUCUUCUGCCUUCACCUGGAAUGGAUUGUAGAAACACAGACCUGUGUGAGGACUACCAGUCCCCAUUUGAUUUUGAUACCGGCGUGAACAAAAACUACCUCUACUUGUCUCCCAGUGGAGAUUCGUCUCCACCCGGAUCACCUACGCAGAACUUUGGUCUGCUGAAGACAGAGCCAGUGCCCGAGGAAGGAGAGGAUGCUGUUGCUACACUCAGUGCCGCAGAGACCCUGACAGAGGAGGAGCAGGAUGAGCUGAGACGGGAACUCACUAAGGUAGAAGAAGAAAUCCAGACUCUGUCCCAAGUGUUAGCAGCAAAAGAAAAGCAUCUAGCAGAGAUCAAGCGGAAACUUGGAAUCAAUUCACUUCAGGAACUCAAGCAGAACAUUGCCAAAGGGUGGCAAGACGUGACAGCAACAUCCGCAUACAAGAAGACAUCUGAAACCUUGUCUCAGGCCGGACAGAAGGCUUCGGCUGCAUUUUCAUCAGUUGGCUCAGUCAUAACCAAAAAGCUGGAAGACGUAAAAUUGCAAGCCUUUUCACAUUCCUUUAGUAUACGCUCCAUUCAACAUUCAAUUAGCAUGCCUGCUAUGAGAAACUCUCCAACUUUCAAAUCAUUUGAAGAAAAGGUUGAAACCUUAAAGUCUAAAGUAGGGGGAACCAAGCCUGCUGGCGGUGAUUUUGGAGAAGUCUUGAAUUCCACUGCAAAUGCUACGGGUGCCACGACCACAGAGCCGCCUCCAGGACCCGUGCAGGAGAGCCCAUGAGGUUCCUACCUUUGUUCUGCAACCCACUGCCAGAUGCUGCAAGUGAGAUCCAAGCACAUCUUGUCAACAUUCACAGCCACAGAGCUCUACCAGAUGUGCUUUUAUUUAGCUUUACAUAUUUCUUUGACCAAAUAGUUUGUGAGUUAAACAAAGUAAAACCACCUUCUCAUCUAUGCCAUGGAAACACCCUUUGUUUAGGAAACAGCACCACAGAGAGAUCCCUGUAAUUCAUGGGGUGUUCACUAGAAUGAGGAGUUGUUGCAGGUGACUGCUGCUUAUGGACUUGACAAAAAUUGCUCUGCAUCUGGGAUGCCAAUUUGCUCUUUGUCUUCUGUAAGAUUUUCUUUUUUUCCUUUUGGAAUCUCUGUAUAUUUGAUUUCUAACUGAAAUUCUUCUUUUAAAUUGUCUGAAUUUUGAUUAUUAAAAGUUUUGGUGUUGCUUCUACCUUUUAAGGAGGAACUAUCAGCAACAUCUUUUUCCUUGAGUAAACACAGUUUUUGUUUGAGGAACAGCUCUACUUCCAGUUUGCUACAGCUCUGUGACAACACACACAGAAAUUCAAACUACUAGGUGACUUGAGAGUGGGAUCCCUUUCCACAUCCUUGGUAAUUGUCAUUUGUGGCAGCAACCAUUUCAACAUAUUGGUUAUUAUGCCACUUAAAUCAAUUUUUUAACCAAUUAAAAUUUUAAUUUCAAAGUAAAAUGACGAAAUAACAUUGUGAGCCAAGUGUAUUACUGUAAGUUGAAAUAGGAGCACACUCAUCACUGUUAAUUUCAAAAGUCUGAAAGAUCUUUAGGUUCAGAUAGCUGUAAAAAUGCUAAUCUAUCGCCUUAGGGGAAACACAGCUGUUUCCAUUAAAUCCAUUUAGCACCCUUUAGGAAGUACAGAAAGUUUUAUGAAAAAUGUAACUCGAACUUUUUUUUAUACUAAGGUGUUGGUGAUAACUCCUAAGACUGUAGUACAUUAAUAGAAAUGAACUCAUCAUGUUGCAACUGAUUGUUUUCUGUGUAUGAGCAGUUAAGUGGCACUGUAAACAUUUCCCCGUAAACAUUCUUUGAGAACAAAGUGUUGGAGCUCCUUAAUCAAAUCAUCCUCCAGAUGGCUCUGCAGUGGCUAAGCUCCUCUAUUAACUGUGAUAACUACUGACUACUGCCACCAUUUCCUUAUGCUAUAUAUGUUUAUGGCCUAUGGGGUUGUAUCUGUUAUUUAUCAAGUUGUAGUUGUUUUAUUAUUGUCCAUGCCAAAUGUUAAUUGCCAAGCUUGGAGUGACAUAAAGCAUUCUUUAAAAGCAUGACUAGAUUUACUUGAGGAUAAAUUUUCUGCAAACCGAAUCUGAAAAGCCACAAGUGUCGAUUGUUAUAAAAUGAUAUGCUGCCAUUCUUGAUUGCUACUUGGAUGCAAUGGAAACUAUGUUCUAUUAUUACAUGUAAAAAUCUUAAUAAAUUCCAUAUAUCAAUAA